UGAAAUUUGAGACUGAAUAUAAUUAAAACAGACCACAUAGUUUAUCUUUUUUUACUAUUCAUGAUUUGGUCAAAAACAUUAAGAAAUUUGAGCUUGUUUGAGAUAAGAAUUAUGAUGGAAUGAAUAAAAAUAUAUCAAUUUCAUUUAGUACGCUGCAAGUGUAAUAAUUUGUUGUGAAUUUAUAAUCAAUAAUAUUAAGUUUUCAAAAUGAACACAACCCCAAAUAAGACGACAGUUGAAGAUAUAUUAGCAAACGUGAAUAAAUUUGAUCGAGAUAUGAAAUGGACUUACACUGUACUGGGUUACUUACAAUACUUUACCAGUACCAUACAGCUUGCUAUUGGCAUUCUAGUUAUAUUUGCAAAUAUUUUUUUGAUAAUAGUUUUUUGCAAGAAUCCGAAGUUGAGAACAAAUACUAAUAAACUUAUUCUCCAUUAUGCGAUUUGGCAUCUAAUUUGCACAACUUUUGCUAGUGCCUUUGUUCAUUUUAUGAAAAUCAUUUCUUUUACGAAUCAGAUUCCAAUGCUUGUAUUUUAUAUAGUUUUUGAAAUUGAUAAAUUAAGUUUAUUACUAACCUAUUUAUUUGCAAUGGGAUUAGCAGUAGAUUGGUUAUUUACAAUUUAUAAUUUUAAGUUACAACAGAGAUUUAAUAUGGUUUAUAAAUAUCUUAUAUUCAUUAUUUACUUAUUUAGUUUUGUCUAUUUUGUAGUACAAUUCGCACUUUUAUUAACUAAUUUUUGGUUUUUUAGGCGCAUAAUUAAUGAGGUUUUAUAUUUCUCUAUUUUACUAUUUUUGAUUUUUAUCAAUUAUUUAUUUUACAAAAAUAAAUCUUAUGAAGAUAAUUAUAAGUCUUAUGCUCUGAGUAUCGCAAAUAUUAUUAUCUUUUUCUGGUUGCCACUAAAAAUUUAUCGAUAUUUAUUAAAUUAUUCACAUGGAUACUACAUUUUACAUUCUGUAUUUGUGCUUACUGCUUGGAUACCAGAAUGGUUUUAUUACAGCACUAAUAUAGUUAUAGUUAUAAUGUUAAGAAAAUUAGAUACCCAAUUUGGAAACGCUUAUUCUUUAACAUUUAAAAAGAGAGAAAAAAAUUCUAAAGACUUCGUUGAGAACAAGUUAUACGAAAUCGCCGAUGACGAUGAAGAAUUUGAAGCAAAUGAGAUGCAGUCCCAAGAAAGUAUUUAUAUCUAAAUCAAGAUACUUUACUUCGGCUAAUGUACCGAUGAAGAAAUCAAACUCCGGAACACACCAUUUUCAUAUUUUUCUCUUAUAUCUGAUUUCAAGAACUAAUUUUGUUUCAUAGAAAUUGAUGUUUUUACAUUUAUACAUUAUAUAUUUAACAUGUACAAUUCUUAAAUUAAAAUUUAAUACUGAACCAUCAACAAUUAUUUUACCUUCAC